ACUGUUGGGUUCUUUGUCAACCACUUAUCCUAGAACUUAUCCUAGAUCUUGGCGUCUUUGUCAGUGAAACGUAUGGUGCCACAAAUGGAGAUCAGGCCAGGCUGUUCUUAAAACAUGCGGUGGUGGUGGUAGCAGCUCCACUCCAUCUCUUCUCUCUUCGAGAGCUCGAUCGAUCGAUCCAACGUCUCCAUCUCCAUCUCCAUCUCCAUCUCCAUCUCCAUCUCCAUCUCGUUUGUGGAGCACUCCUAGUUCGAACCCUAGUGCACUAUUGUCCUCCCGGUAAGAAGAAAAUGGUAGUCACAAGCAACAGGGGAGCAAUUCAGACACAAAUCGAGCCUGAAUACGAUUGGAGAAGUGAAUUAAAGGCUUUUGAUGAUUCUAAAGCCGGUGUAAAGGGACUCCUAGAUGCUGGGGUGACAAAAAUCCCACGCAUUUUCAUCCAUGACAAAAGCAUGCUUCCUGAUAUUCAUAAGUCCGGCUCUGUUAUCUCCCAGUUCAGUGUUCCAAUCAUAGACUUUGAAGGCAUCAACAAAGGCGCAGCUCAACACGGUGAAAUCAUUGACAAAGUUACAGAUGCCUGUGAAAAAUGGGGAUUCUUUCAGGUGGUUAAUCAUGGAAUCCCAGUAAGUAUAAUGGAUGAUAUGAUUGAUGGCGUUCGGAGAUUUCAUGAGCAAGAUACUGAGGUGAAGAAACAAUUCUAUUCACGUGAUGUUACCAAAAAAUUUAUAUAUAAUAGCAACUUUGAUCUGUAUCAAGCACCAGUAUCUAAUUGGAGGGAUACCAUUUAUUGUGUUAUGGCUCCCCAGCCUCCUGAUCCUGAAGAACUGCCUGUAGUGUGCAGAGAUAUAAUGAUAGAGUACUCAAAGUACAUGUUGAGAUUGGGGCUCACUUUGUUAGAAUUGCUCUCAGAGGCCCUUGGCCUAAACUCAGAUCACCUGAAAGACAUGGAUUGUGCUGAGGGGCUUUUCGUUCUGGGCCAUUACUAUCCUGCAUGCCCAGAACCAGAAUUGACUUUGGGUACUGGAGACCAUGCUGACAGUGGCUUCUUUACUGUACUUCUACAAGACAAUAUGGGUGGCCUCCAAAUCCUUCAUGAAAAUCAAUGGGUUGAUGUUCCCCCUCAGCCUGGAGCUCUGGUAGUAAACAUUGCAGAUCUAUUGCAGCUCAUCACAAAUGACAAGUUCAAAAGCAUCAAUCACAGAGUACUCACAAAAAAUGUUGGUCCAAGAAUAUCUGUUGCGAGUUUUUUCAGAACACAUUUUCGCGAAGGGGUUACAUCAAGAGUGUAUGGGCCAAUCAAAGAACUGUUAUCCGAAGAAAAUCCUCCAAUCUACCAGGACACCACGAUUAAAGAAUUCAUCACGCACUAUUACCAGAAAGGGCUUGAUGGAACCUCUUCGCUAUCGCAUUUCAAGUUGUGUAAGACAUUUGUUAGUAAGACCGAUUUUGUAUUAGAGAAAUCACAAGGUUGUUUGAACAAGGAGGUGAAGAUGGGGUUUUACUCGCGUGAGCUCGAGAGGAGAGUGAAGUUUGGGAGUAACUUCGAUUUGUAUCAGUCAAGAUCCGCUGAUUGGAGAGACACCUUGUUCUGUGCUAUGGGUCCUGACCCUCUCAACCCACAAGAGUUGCCUGAGGUUUGCAGAGAUUUAACAAUGGAGUAUUCAAAGCAAAUAAAGCAAUUGGGGACUACUUUGUUUGAAUUAUUAUCGGAGGCACUUGGGCUCAAAUCUGAUCACCUUAUUGGCUUGGAUUGUGCAAAGGGGCAUGCAAUCCUGACUAACUAUUACCCGGCAUGCCCAGAGCCUGAACUGACUAUGGGAACAUCCAAACAUUCUGAUCCUGAUUUUCUCACUAUCUUACUUCAAGAUGAUAUUGGGGGACUCCAAGUACUUCAUCAAAACCAGUUGGUCAAUGUUCCUCCUGUUCCUGGAGCUUUAGUUGUAAAUAUUGGAGAUCUCUUACAGCUUAUAUCUAAUGACAGAUUCAAAAGUGUUGAGCAUAGAGCUUUGGCGAACCAUGUGGGGCCAAGAGUGUCUGUAGCAUGCUUUUUCACCCCACACCUUUACCCAUCAACAAGGAUGUAUGGUCCAGUCAAGGACUUGUUGUCAGAACAUAAUCCGCCUGUAUAUCGAGAAACAAUGGUGAAAGACUUCAUUGCAUACUAUGAUUCUAAAGGGCUUGAUGGGAACUCUGCUCUUACAUAUUUCAAGUUGUGAGGGUCCCAGGCCAUU